AGUAGAACGAUAGCUUCCGUCAAAUACCGCCUUGUGGUAUCGAAUAUUUUGUCGAUAAUUAAUAAACUUAUAUUAAAUGAAUGUAAACAUUUGAAUUGUGAUCGUAUUACUAAAAAAAUAUAUAAAUAAGAAAUGGACCAGGACCUAUCCCGUGCUGAUAUGUUGGAACAUCUCAAAAAUAGGCAAAUAUAUCUUCCCGAUGCGGAGCAUCUGCCGAUGGAUCGUCUGGAAGAGAUCUACCGCAAAUUCGUGGUUCCCAAGCCAAGAAGAGAGCCACGCGAUCGGUCCAAUCCAAAUCGCCCUCUAAAACCAAAUCCCAAUCCCAUUCCCAUGGAAAUGGAGCAGCUGGCGCAGCGCAUCAAAUCGGUGGCCAUGGUGGGACAGAAGCGACCGCUGGCAAAGAAUGCGAGCGACGACCGUGCCAAGCAAAUCAAGAUGGACCUGCGCUGACCUCUU